AUGCCCGCCGAAAGACCCUUCGAGGGUGACUUCCUGUUUGUCAAUCACGAUGCAAAUCAGAUGAAAGCCCUGCCCAACAGACGGAGAGUCUUCUCUCAUGUGCAGAAGCAGUAUCGCAGCUGGAAGCGGCAGGAAGAGAUUCGAGCUCUGCGGGCUUCUAUAAAGGCUCCUUUUCCUGAUGCCCAGUCAAAGGUGAACCCCCAGGGGUCCGCGUCGACACAAGCCCCAGCGCUCGAUACACACCAAUCACCAAACGUCAAGCAUACCAGGCGUGUACAAGGCCCAGGAAGAACAGUCUCGGAUGCCGAGAACCGUCCACGAGCGUCUGCAAAGAUGGCGAUUCGCUCGCUGAUCAACCACGAAGUCCUCGACCAACCAGAUCAGGCAGAGGGGAUGCACCAGGCACAUAUAACGCCACUUCAACCACAAUCUCUGAUGACCAUUGUAGGUAAAGGUAACUCGGACCCGUUUGCCGCCUACGCCGUUGAGAUCACCCCGACCGCCAACGACAUACUGAGUUUCCACCGCGACUUCGUUAUCCCGGCCCUCUACCACACCACCAAGCGCAGAUGGAUGACGAGCGCCAGCGCGUGGCGGGAUUGGCGAGACUGCGUCGACGGACUGGGAGACGGGGUCGAUGGACUGGGGGACGAAGGUGCUGGGUCAGGAUUCAUCGCCAGCUGCGCGGCCGAGGCGGCGGUGAUCUCUCUGAACCCGACCGUCCAGAAGCAAGCCGUCUACUACCGGGCCAAAAGCGUGGCCGCGCUGCAGAACCGCCUCGCCGCCGGCAAGGUCCAUCGCGCCCAGCUCUACUGGCACAUCCAUCUCCUCGUGAGCGCUGACGCGCUGAUGGGUGACUUCACCGGCACAGCCACACACCUCAAUAUGCUGCGGUGCUACUUCGAGCACGACGGGGACAAGCUGGACACCAACCUGCUGCUGUACGUCCUCUAUAACGACAUCCACCGCGCCUCCAUGUUCCUCUGCAGACCCAUUUUCGACAUGGACGAGUGGCUCCCCAAACGGCUGCAGCCAGUGGUUGACGCGGCGAAACCUCACCUUCCAGACCUGACAGAGGUGAGGGCGCGAUAUCUCGACCCGGCGAUCGAUAACCCCAGAUUACGAACGCUGUUCAUCGAGCGACGAGAGAGCCUUGCAGUGUGGCUGUUCCAAAACUGCUCCGCCGCAGAGUCCGGACAGCACACCACGGCGCUGCUGCGCUGGUUACUCACCCGAGUGUACCUCCACCAGGGCCGGCUUGUGAAUUUCUUCCUGCAAGCAAAGGCUCAGUAUGAAGCCAUCCCGCCGCCAGGCCUCGUAAACUCCGUUCUCUGUCAGGGCUACAUCUCCCUCGCGACACUGCUCUACAUUCGGGCCAUCUCGUUCAACGCCGCCGUGUGCGGUGUGCGCCUCUUUGACGCCACGGCCAUCAUCCUCUCCAACAUGCAGGAAAUGCUCCAGCUCAGCGAAAGCUCCGGCUUUCCCCACUACGAGAGACACCAGCAUGCCCGCCUCUGGGCACUGUACGUGGGCGCCUGUGCGGAAAUGUUGAUGGACCUGAAGCCUGAAGGGAGAGGCUGGUUCACUACGCACUUCGCGGCCAAAGCCAUCCAGCUGGGUGUGGCCGGCUGGGAUGAGGUGAGAAGCGUGCUGAAGGGUACCCUGUUCACGGAUCUCAUGCAUCCGGACGGGGAGGAGUGGUUUGCAAGGGUGUUGAGCACGGCGCAGAAGAAAGACGAGCUGGGUGGACCUUGA